UAGCAUCUGGCAAUUUCUUGAACUUUCUAGUUCAUGGAUUCCAUAGAAGCAAGUCUACAUUUUAAUUUUUUUUGCUCAUACUCGCAUAGCAGAGGAGUUCAUUUAUCUAACUAGCUUUAGUAUAGUUCCUGCAAUUUGAGUAAAACAAAUUCACGAAUUCCUUGUCGAUUUAAUGUAGUCCCUUAUUUUUCUGAUUUUGUACACACAAGCUCAGACACCUGACGCAAACUAUAAAGGACACAGUUUUACUGCAAAAGCAGAGACUUGUAUAAAUUCAGAUGGAAAGCAUAAAAAAUGAUCUCACCAUUUUACUCUUUCCAUGCAAGAUUUGGUAUGUACUAUCAAAGACCCUAGCUGAGAAGGCUGCUUAGGAAUUCUGUAAACAAAACAACGUUGAUCUUGUUACACUACUCCCCUCUUUCAUCAUUGGGCCAAGUUUGCCUCCAGAUUUAUGUUCAACAGCAAAUGAUGUUCUUGGUUUUCUUAAAGGACAAACAGAUAAGUUUGAAUUCCAUGGAAGAAUGGGUUAUGUUCAUAUAGAUGAUGUAGCACUCUCUCAUAUACUUGUCUAUGAGCAUCCAAAUGCCCAUGGGAGGUUCCUUUGCAGCUCAAAGGUUCUUGACAACAAUCAACUUGUCUCAGUUCUAUCAAAGCGCUACCCGUCUUUGCCUAUUCCUAAAAGGUUUAAGGAACUGGAUCGACCUCCCUAUGAAUUCAACACUUCGAAGCUGGAGGGCUUAGGAAUGAAGUUCAAGUCCAUUGAAGAGAUGUUUGAUGAUUGCAUCACAUUCCUCAAAGAGAGUCCUUAUUUCUUCCAUCUAAGAUACAACAUUUCUGCAUAAAAGCUCUGUAAUGAACCUUGGAUGUUUUAUUUUACGUAUCUCAUGUUCUGAUCCUCUGUUGUCUAUACCAAUGAUGACCUCAUCACCAUAUUAUUAAAA